GGGGCGGAGCCGUUUUCAACUCUUCAGAGAUCCUCAACCCACCUCUACUCUCUCUCUCCGUCGAGUUGAACCAGCUAUGGCGACCACAGCUCCCGCCCCUCCACGUCAGCUCUCCCAGAAGGAGGCCGACAUCCAGAUGAUGUUGGCCGCCGAAGUCCACCUCGGCACCAAAAACUGCGACUUCCAGAUGGAGCGUUACGUCUUCAAGCGCCGCAACGACGGGAUUUAUAUUAUCAAUCUUGGAAAGACAUGGGAGAAGCUUCAGCUAGCUGCUAGGGUUAUUGUUGCUAUUGAAAACCCUAAGGACAUUAUUGUCCAGUCUGCUAGGCCUUAUGGCCAGAGGGCUGUCCUCAAGUUUGCUCAGCACACUGGUGCUAAUGCCAUUGCCGGACGCCAUACUCCCGGUACAUUCACCAAUCAGCUCCAGACUUCCUUCAACGAGCCCCGGCUCCUCAUCCUGACUGACCCAAGAACCGACCACCAGCCGAUCAAGGAAGCUGCGCUUGGGAACAUUCCCACCAUUGCUUUCUGCGACACUGACUCACCAAUGCGGUAUGUUGACAUUGGCAUUCCGGCUAAUAACAAGGGGAAGCACAGCAUUGGGUGUCUGUUCUGGCUGCUGGCAAGGAUGGUUCUGCAAAUGCGCGGUUCCCUAAGGCCAGGAUAUAAGUGGGAUGUCAUGGUGGAUCUGUUCUUCUACAGAGAGCCUGAGGAGGCCAAGCAACAAGAGGAGGAAGAAGCAGUGCAAGCUCCGGAGUACAUUGAAUAUUCUGGUGGUCUUGGUACCGAUCAGUGGCCUACCCAAGGUGCUGAUGCUUCUUGGUCUGCUGAUGCCCCAGCUAUUCCAGCAGUUACUGCAGAACAAGGUGCGGGACAAGACGGUUGGGAUGCUGCUGCAGCACCAGUGGUUGCAGCUCCUAUCCUUGAAGGUGGUACAACCGUAGUGCCCAGUGGUUGGGAUAUGUGAUGGAAGAAGAUUACUUUCUGAUGCUUGAGUAAUUUAAAUAUGUUUCUUUGAAUCACAAUAGUUUAUACGAUAACUCCUUUUGUAUCGGGAUAUUUGCUUUUGUUUUAGAUUCUUUCUUAAUUUGGAAAGAGGAUACCAGAGGCUGCAGUUGCAA